AUGCCGCAUGAAAGGGUUGGCCAUGCUGCUUCCUCAUCCGCUCCAUGUCCGAUGCCGCUGGGUUUCAGCGGUGCGCCAUCAUCCGCUGAGCCGGCUGUCUCAACCUUUCCGAGAGCCAGUCUCGAUUUGCCCAGUGUGCUGAGCCCUCCGUCAUCGGAUGAGUGGGCAGGCAUGAGCCGCCUUGCCGUAGAAGCUCACCACCAAAACGGCGCGCAGGGACGGAUGCGCCACGAUUACCAUGAUCCAAGUUUUGCGGCACACGGCAUGGCACACACGGCGUCGUCGUUUGCUCUAGAAGAACUGACUCUGCCCAGAACAAAUAUGGAUCUGGAGCAUUGUGAGGGACAUGCUCUCGGGUCCGUGGUACAACCCGACCGGUGCAGCAGUAGUGACGUGCUGCUUUCGCCGACAUCCCUCACGGACUCAAACACAAUACCCAACAUGGAAUUGGAAGCGUUGGCUUGGCCAGACAGUGGCAUACCAUUGUCCAAAGCAGACCAGAUGAUAUCAAAUGUGGAAAAUCUUCAUGAUUUCGGAGUCUGGCUUGCUCUCUUCCCGGAAGAUCCAUCGCUUCGAAAAUCCCUGGCGAGAAUAAAGGAACGAUUCCGCCGCCUCACAAGGGCCGCGGGAACCAGCGUCGUCGAUCAUCAGAGAGACUUUGCUUGCGGAACAGAUGGCAAUCUGGCACAAGAAAACGGGCGGUAA